AUGUCGUCAGAUAUCGUGCAUAACCCAGCGAUUCAGAAGGCUGAGCUUCUAGUGCCCAAGCCCCUUUUGGCUCGUUUGUAUGUGUGGCCAUUUGGAAUCAUCUACCCAGCGUUUUUCCAAGUCUAUUUCAACCAUUACGACACGUAUAUUGGUGGCUCGGAAUGGACUUUCGUUUAUUUGAUGGCCAUUGGCUCGCUCAACAUGUUGUUCUGGUUGAUGCCACAUUGGAACAUCGACAUCGAUGCCAAAUUUAACUAUACUGGUGUGCGUUCCAUCUCGGAAGCCUCUCAUAUUAAGAUUACCCCUGCUCCAAACUCGGGUGUUGGCGAGAUCUGUACCAUCAACAGAGAGCAGUUUGCGGACGGCGAGAAGCAGGUGUCGUUUUUGUACCAGAAGAGACGUCACUUGUUUCACUCCGAGAUUAAUAAGUUUGCCCCUCCAGAAUUUAAGAUUGACGAGUUGCCUCAGUUGGAAUACUUCCACAAUUGGAAGGGUUUGAAGGGUGACUUAUCCAAGUUCACCAGAAACUUUGGCUUGAACAAGUUCGACAUUCCUAUCCCUACUUUCAUGGAGUUGUUCAAGGAACAUGCUGUGGCUCCCUUUUUCGUUUUCCAGAUCUUCUGUGUGGCCUUGUGGUGCAUGGACGAGCAGUGGUAUUACUCUUUGUUCUCUUUAUUCAUGUUGGUUUCCUUUGAAAUGACUACAGUUUUCCAGAGAAGAACUACCAUGAACGAGUUCCAGUCUAUGGGUAUCAAGCCUUACACAAUUUUCGCAUUCAGAGACUCCAAGUGGGCAGAGUUGCAGACUGACGAGUUGUUGCCUGGAGACCUUGUAUCUGUGACCAGAACCAGCGAGGAAAGUGCCCUUCCAUGUGAUUUGUUGUUGCUCGACGGUACCGCCAUUGUGAACGAGGCCAUGUUGUCUGGUGAAUCUACUCCUUUGUUGAAAGAGUCUAUUAAAUUGAGACCUGGUGACGAGUUCUUGCUGCCUGAGGGCUUGGACAAGAACUCUUUGUUGCAUGGUGGUACUAUGGCUUUGCAGGUGACAAAGCCUGAGAAUCCUCAGGUCCCGCUUGCUCCGGACAAUGGUGCUUUGGCUUACGUUUGUAAGACUGGUUUCGAGACUUCGCAAGGUUCUUUGGUGAGAAUGAUGAUUUUCUCCAGUGAGAGAGUGUCUGUUGGAAACAAGGAGGCUUUGUUCUUCAUUUUGUUUUUGUUGGUUUUUGCCAUUGCUGCUUCCUGGUACGUCUGGGUCGAGGGUACAAGAAUGGGAAGAGUCCAAUCGAAAUUGAUUUUGGACUGUAUUAUUGUAAUUACAUCUGUUGUUCCACCUGAGUUACCUAUGGAGUUGACCAUGGCUGUGAAUUCUUCCUUGGCUGCCUUGCAGAAAUACUUCAUUUACUGUACUGAGCCAUUCCGUAUUCCAUUGGCUGGCAGACUCGAUGUUUGUUGUUUUGACAAGACUGGUACUUUGACUGCUGAAGAUUUGGUGUUUGAGGGUUUGGCUGGCUUCAAGAAUGAUGACAUCCACCACCUCUAUACUUGUGAAGAAGCCCCCGAGACCACUGCGUUGGUCUUGGGUUCUGCCCAUGCUUUGGUCAAAUUAGACGAUGGUGACGUUGUCGGUGAUCCUAUGGAGCAGGCCACUUUGAAGGCUGCUGCAUGGACUGUUGGAUAUAAUGACACUGUUGAGAGACCUGGAAAGAACAAGACAGAGAAGAUCAAGAUUUUGCGUCGUUUCCAAUUCUCGUCCAGUUUGAAGAGAUCAUCCGCUAUUACUUCUAUUAACACUUUGCCAGGUAAGAACUUUGUUGCCGUGAAGGGUGCUCCAGAAACCAUUCGUUCGAUGUUGGUUGACGCUCCUGAGAACUACGAGCAGUGCUUUAAGUCUUUCACCAGAGCUGGUUCCCGUGUGUUGGCAUUGGCUUACAAAUACUUGGACACCAAUGUUAAUGUCGUGAAGGUCAAGAGAAAUGACGUUGAAUCUAAGUUGCACUUCGCUGGUUUUAUUGUUUUCCACUGUCCAUUGAAGGAUGAUGCCAUUGAGACUAUCAAGAUGUUGAAUGAGUCGUCCCACCGUUGUGUUAUGAUUACUGGUGACAACCCAUUAACUGCAUGCCAUGUCGCAAAGGCAGUUGGUAUUGUCGAGAAGGAAGUUUUGAUUUUGGAUGCCCCUGAAGAACACUAUGAAGUCAGCGAGGAAGAGAACUUGGUCUGGAGAAAUGUGGACGAGACCACCAUCAUCCCAUUUAACAGCUCGCAAUCUAUCGAUUUGGAUUUGUUCAAGAAGUAUGAUAUCUGUAUGACUGGUCACGCUUUGACACACUUGUCUGAGCAUGUUCAGAUUUUGGACCUUUUGAAGAAAACAUGGAUUUACGCCAGAGUUUCUCCUUCUCAAAAGGAGUUUAUUCUUACCUCCUUGAAGGAUGCUGGAUACAACACUUUGAUGUGUGGUGACGGAACCAAUGACGUCGGUGCUUUGAAGCAGGCCCACAUUGGUGUCGCUUUGUUGAACGGUACUGAGGAAGGUAUGAAAAAGAUCGCAGAGAACAGAAAGAUCGAAGCCACCAGAGUUGUUUAUGAGAAACAAGCCCAGCUUUUGGCUAACUGGGAUAGACCACCUCCACCUGUGCCUGCCCUCAUUGCUCACUUGUACCCCCCUGGAAAAUACAAUCCUCACUACUUGAGUCAAUUGGAGAAGAAGGGUAUCGAAAUCACUCCUGAAAUUACCCAGUCGGUCGAAGUGGCCAACAAAUCUGGUCAACUCCCAUUGGAAUUUGUUAAGGAUGACAAGGGAAAGGUUACUGCCGGUAAGAUCGCUGAUAGCUUCUUGGGAUCGAUGGGUGACAUUGAAGGAGCUGAUGACGAAGUCCCAACUUUGAAAUUGGGUGACGCUUCCGUUGCAGCUCCUUUCACCUCUAAGUUGGCUAAUGUCUCUGCUGUGACUAAUAUUGUCCGUCAAGGUCGUUGUGCUUUGGUUUCUACCAUCCAGAUGUACAAGAUUUUGGCAUUGAACUGUUUGAUUUCUGCUUACUCUUUGUCUGUGUUGUACUUGGCUGGUAUUAAGUUUGGUGAUGGUCAAUCGACCGUCUCUGGUGUCUUGUUAUCUGUUUGUUUCUUGAGUAUCUCUCGUGGUAAGCCUCUUCAGAAGUUGAGCAAGGAGAGACCACAAGAUGGAAUUUUCAACAUCUACAUCAUGGGAUCUAUCUUGGGUCAGUUUGCUAUCCACAUUGUUACCUUGAUCUACAUCACUCGUGAAAUUUACAUCUUGGAGCCAAGAGAAGCCCAAGUUGAUUUGGAAAAGAAGUUUGAACCAUCUUUGUUGAAUACCGGUAUGUUCUUGCUUCAGUUGGCUCAACAGGUGUCGACCUUUGCAGUUAACUACAUAGGUUUGCCAUUCAAGGAAGAUAUCAAGGACAAUAAGGGAAUGUUCUAUGGUCUACUCGGAGUUGCCGGAUUGGCUAUUGCUGGAUCCACUGAAUUCAUGCCAGAAUUGAACCAAACCAUGCAGUUUGUCCCUAUGGACAUUGUUUUCAAGCUGAAAUUAACUGGAUGUAUCGUUCUCGAUUUGGUCGGAACUUGGGCCGUCGAGGUUGUGUUAAAGCACUUCUUCAUGAAUUCUGCAGCAGCAGAUAUCGCCGAAAGAAUUUAA